GCUUCAGUACCCCGGCAUCGGCCGUAGUGAGUGGACGUGCGAUCUGUGUCCGUUGUUCUCGUGAUCGCGAGUGUAAAUACGAUGUCGAGUGUUACAGUGCGCAAAUAAGUGUUACAUUGGAAUGUUCUUUGUUCAUCAGCUGUGAACGUCAUCGGAAAUCACAAUGCUCAUGCUGCGAUGUCUUCAGACUAUAAUUCUCGUCACUAUCGCAGCAGAGUACGUACUCGCCCACGAGAUCGACAAGGAGCACCAGGGACCACAGCUCUGUGGGGGCCACUUGAAGGGUCCCGUGGGCACGAUCACCACCCCAAACUUCCCCAACCCCUUUCCCGUCCCGAUAAAGUGCAAAUGGAUAAUAAAGCAUGGCAUAGAGAACGGCACCAUCUCGGUAUACUUCACGCAGCAGUACACCACCACUGGGCUCACCUUCACCGAGUACUUGUACUACGAUGAGUCGUAUGCCGUCGGGAAGAGGAGAGCACUCACCCUUACUGAUGAUAACAUCACCAAGGUCAAAUGGCUUCAGGUCCAAAGUCCAAUACUGGUGGUGGAGCUGAACCUGAACCGGAUAGAAGGCACGCAGCUGCGCGCGCUGGGGCUGCUGGCCGUGUACGGGUUCAACGUGACGUACGAGGUGCGGCCGGCCACGCAGGCGCCGGGGCCCAGCUCCUGCAGCGCCAUCGAGUGCCGCCUGCUGGGACACUGCUACGCUAGGCACGAUUAUCAGGAGUUUUACUGUUCGUGUUUCGAUGGUUACUCCGGCGUGGACUGCGGAGUCGGUCCGCUGUGUCCCACGACCUCCAACAUGUGUAAAAAUGGCGGCACCUGCAGACAGAUGGGCCCGGCCGCCGUCAGCUGUAUCUGCGCGCCCGGCUACACGGGGGACUUGUGCGAGGCCCAGGUAGCAGCGCCUGAAUGUGGUAUAGAAGAAUGUGCAGAAGUUUGUAAAGACGGAACAGCCUGUGAUUGUAAUCCAAAGGAUACAGAUGCGUUAUCAGCGCGAUUCGAAACAAGACUGCAAGUAGUGGACCUACCAAAUGAAAACAUAUCGGAUGAAAUUGCGAAACAGCUCACAGAAUUUUUGAAAGCAUCAAAUAUUACUUUAGAAGAUGAUGUACAAGUGUUAAAUACGAGUUUGCCAACUACAGAAGGUAUAAGGGAUGCUUGGGUGCGUGUGUGGAGCUCAAGGCGUGAGGCACCGGCUUUACGAGCAGCACUGGCAAGGCUCGCUUCAGCGCGCACUCGACUCAUACCUACUACUACACACUUCGAAAUGCAUCCAGCGCUCAGUUUGCACAAGCUGGUAGUAAACCAACGACCAGAAGUAUGGGAGGGAUCAGAAUUUAUAUUAACUUGUAUGGCGUACGGAUCCCCAAACAUGGCGUUUACGUGGUACAAAGACAGCGUUAAAAUAAACUUCAACGGCACCACAAGGGACAUUUGGACUCGAACAGUGUCUGAAGAUGCACUUGGUCGUCGAAUGUCUGUACUAGGGGUAACAGAAGCGGAGAAACUGGACACCGGCAAGUGGUCCUGUGCAGCAGACGAUGCUGGCAGGAGACGCUGCAGAGCGUUGAGACUGACAGUGCUGCGACCGCCUGAGAUACGCCUGGUGCCAUCUACAUUGACUGUUAAUAAAGGUGAUAAUGUCACAAUAACGUGUCUGGCGGGAGCUGGGCGAGUGCACGGUGCUCUUGGAUUUAGUUGGGCAAGAGAAAGGACACUGCUACCCAUGGCACCAGGUAGAGAGGUCUGGGAAGAUUUGUUCCCAGCAGGCAGUGUGCUGAAGCUUUAUAAUGUACAGAAAUCCAGUGAGUUCCGAUGUCAAGUUUCAUCAGUGGCUGGCACCAACGCCAAAGCGGUAACCAUGUGGGCUUUGGGAACUGAUGACGCGGCGUGUGAGAGUGACGCUUCCCACGGCUUGCGCUGGCCGAAAACUGCUCCUGGAGCACAUGCGACUGCAUCUUGUCCACCUGGACAUAGCGGGGAAACUACCAGGUUUUGUGAGCCAAAGACCGGAGAGCAUGGUGUCAAAUGGAGGUUACCAGAUUUUUCUGGUUGUGUUGCGGAUUCCUUGAAAGAUAUUUAUGAACAGUUUACCCUGAUAUCGAUGGGGUACUCGUGGGGCUCAGUGUCCCACGUGUCGCGUCAGUACGGCGCCGUGCUGCGCUCCCUGCCCACACACCCGGGCGAGGGCGAGCCUCCCCUCACACACGCCGUGCACAUGCUCAACUACCUCAUGUCUCCUGCCGCACAACCAGUCGAUAGAUACAACAGUACCGAACAUCUACUCAACAUUUACGAUAACCUACUCAAACACCCUGAUGCCUUCUUGGAUGAAGAGAAAGUUUUCGAUCUCCAAAAUGCGGUAGUGGACACAACAGGCCUGAGAAGUAGCUUCAAUAAGCGCUACCAUGAAUUCACGGUUAUGUCGAAAGCAGUGCUUGAAGACAAUGCAGCACAUUUUGACCUUCAACCAGUAUUAUCAGAGAAAGAUGAAUGGGCUGUCACAUCAGCAGGAGUAGAACUGGUUUCAAAAACUGAAAAUGCGUCUGUGGUUAUUGCUCUUUAUCAUGAUUUGGGAGCAAGAUUGCCUUCACUGAAAAGAUUCGUCGAGUAUAAUUGUAGCAGCAACUCUUCCAGGUCUGGUGGUGCGACACAGUACACGAUAGCAUCGCAACAAAUACAGCUUUCUGUCAGUGGCGCUGGAGUUGACAAUACUCUUCUUCAUACUGUGACUCUGCUGUUUACACAUUCUAAGAAUUAUAGUGCUGUUGCACCUCAGCUAGCAUGUGGAAGUCGAUCACGAUCCUCGCCACGCGUGUGGACAACUCAAACAUGUGAGCUCCGAGUACAAGAGCAGACUUACAUCGCCUGCCGCUGUCGAGGACUUGCGACCAUCGCGUUAUUCACCGUCGACAGUUUGGGUCUCACGGACGCUGAAAGCGACUCGCGAGGUAUUGUGAAGAUCACGGUGAGCCUGGGAAGUGCUAUGUGUCUCGUGGCUGCUCUAUUACAACUCCUGAGCCUUGUAGUGGGUAGUAAAACGAGACUGCCAGUACUACUCAGAGCUACUACUGCCGCUACACAUUCUGCGGCUAUGUUGACGCUGCUUGAAUGUGACACAAAGCAGACUUCUGCGUGUAUCGGGCCUCUCGGUUGGGCAGUGGCUGCGUGUUGGUGUGCUGGCUGUGCCGCAUUAUGUGCUCAACCAUUGCUACUGCACACUGAGUUGGCUGCUACAGCCACUCGAGCACCUUCUGUCGGUCUACUGGCAGGUGUGAGCACUCUAUGUUGGCUGACUGCUCGAUUAUGGGGCGGAGCACCUUUACAGCUAGGAGCUGCAGCUAAUGCGGUCUGUGGAGCAGGUGCUGCGCUACUGGCCGCACUAACGCUCUGUCUCGCUCUCUGUGCUGCCAGGACACUUCGAACAGUGACCCACAAGCUGCCGCCCGACAGACGCGAGUACGUGCGUGAUCGCGCGCGAGUAGUGCGCCAUACAUUAGUACUUCUCUUCACCACUACAGCGACACAGAUUGCAGGGGUUGCUUACGCGCAGCCUGGAGACAGGACUAUGCCCAAAGUCAUAGCACUUUCUGUCGCCGCCUUGGCCAAUGGUCUAGCAAUGUUAAUAUGCUACGUGAUCUGCGACGAGGAGUGUCUACGAGCAGCUCGACGGUUACUCACACUUUCCUCACACAAUGAAUGGCAUGAUUCUCCUGAAGGAGACACAUCGCUUAGUUUGUACAUAAGACAAGGUCGUGAGAUGGAGUGUCGCGGCGCAGUGGGCUCGUUGGAGUGCUCCUCGUCUCACGUGUCGCCCGCCAACACGUACUGGCGCGCCACGCCGCUGCAGAGCCCCUUGCACCGGCGCGGGUCGAGCGGUGCGUGUGUGGCGGACAUAGUGCGCUGUGUGGAGUACAAGCAAGCACUGCUACCAUCGCACAACGUGGACACACGAGCACUCUGCGACCUCAUACCUAUAGGUGGUGCAAAGCCUCAUGUAUCUCGUGUAUGUGUGGAACUACGAGUGCUACCUGAAGCGCCACAAAGUACUAUCACACAUGCUAGUACUUUCGAGCCGCUCAAGGAUUCGAGUGACAUAUCAAAGGCAAACUGCACGGUGUGUGCAAAGUCAACUCCAGACGUAUCAGCAACGAGCACAGCUCCGCGUCCUAUCAAGAGCUGUCUGAAGAAGCGUUCACCUCAACUAUCAUGGAGCACAUCAUUGCCGUCCAUAAACCAUGAGAGUGAUGACAAAAAUCCUCAUCUGCAGCUAGUAGACACACAGUCCCAAACUCCCAGCACACACAGCACAUUCACGCAGACAGACAAAGUGCUGCACAAGAUAUCCCACGACCUGGACUUCCUGCUGAACAGGACGCCCAGCCGCGUCGCCAGCAACUGUCCGCAGGAGAUAGAGGAAGCACCCACUUAGUGCACAGACAUGUAACGUGUAGUUGUAAGUAAACUGAUGACUGAUGGAGGCAGGGAGCAACAUUUAGAUAAAUUGUGUACAUAAUAAUGUACUCUAUUGUAAAUAUAGUAUUAAUUAAAAUUCUGUGAUUGUAUAUUAAUAGCAAAGGAAUGAUAAAUUAUUUUUAGUUGAAUGAAGAAAUAGUGGGUGUAUGCUAAGUAAGCUGUGUGUAAGUAACCGCCGUACUCAGUCAUUUAAUGGUUACGUAACCCAGUCCUUAGCAAUUGUUUUCGAAACAAAAUCGUUACCAAGGAAUAGUUUAAGUAAUCAUUAAAUGUCUCUGAGUACGGUAGUAAGUGUAUUUUAUCACAAUAAUAAGAGAUUAUGUAUGUCUUAAAAUCAAUAUCAAAGUUAUAGUUUUCUGUUUGUGAAUGUUAUUUUUUUAUCCUGGAACAAAUUAUGUAUACGUACAAAUAAUUUAAACUGUAAAAAAUACGACUGAAUCAGAAAAUGUAUUGUAUUUCUUUGUUUGUAAGGAAACAGCAGACGUUUCUUUUUCAUUUAAUUUUCAUGUUCAAUAAUAUUAUUUCAAAAUAUUUUGUAGAAUGAAAAAUAAUAAUGUUACAAAAAUACACGAUAAUCAUCCCAUCAGAUUAAAUUUUAAUUUUGAUAUAUUUUUAA